UAAUACAACAUAAAACAUCAAUUAGAAAAUGGAGAAGUUUAUGUUUAUAUUUUGGGCAAUGUUUUUUAUUAUCAUGUUGGGGUUUUGUCAUGUAGACGGUAUUACUCAUUUGGAUUCCGAGUGUUCACAAGCUCGGAACUCAACUGGGAAUACCGUCUAUCGAUCAAACCUUAGAUCUCUUUUAACUUCGUUGGCCACGAACGCCCCUCUUCAAGAUGGCUUUUUCAACGCUAGUGUCGGGAACGGUUCAGACCGCGUGUACGGUCUUGUGUGGUGUCGAGCAGAUGCUUCUCCCGACACAUGCUCCAAGUGUUUGAACGAUUUUAUUAGCAUACCUUUAACCGAUUGUCCCGAUAGCAAAGAGUUGGUGAUAUGGUCUAGUACGUGCAAUUUAAGGUUCUCGAAUGAGAGUUUCUUUGGCGAACUUUGGAACAAGUCGUCGUCAUCAACUUAUGGAAACAGUGGACUUGAUGACCCUGCCGUGUUUACACGAGGGUUCUCGAGGAUGGAAACGUUAGUACCAAGUGUUUCUAAUGGGCCACUGAUGUUUGCGACUAAUGUUCUUGAUGUCGGGGACAAUGGAGAGAGGUACGGGUUGGGCCAGUGUAGUCGGGAUUUGAGCAAGUUGGAUUGUCAAAAUUGUUUGGAGGAGCUUCUAACGAGUUAUCGUGAGUACGUGUUGAAUCGAACCGGGUGGGAGAUGCUGGGAGUGAGUUGUGGUAUGUGGUAUGAUAAUUUUCGGUUUUAUGAUGCCAAUUCAUCAAGGCCGAAUCCCCCGAACACUUCGGGUGGAUAAAGGUGGUACAACAAAGGAGACAUGAUCUUGGCUUUUGUAGGAAUUCUUGUGUUAUAUUGGAUUAAUGAUUUCAACCAUGUUUGAAUUGAUUAUUUAAUAUUUAUGUUAUGUUUUGUUUGUAAGCUUGCUUAUGUAGAAAUUGAACAAAGUUUUAUUGUAUUUUGGUUGUUACAUGUUAUUUUAUGUAGAAAUUGAACAAAGUUUUAUUGUA